AUGGCUACCAAUUCAUUCCGCGAUUCGGUCAACUCCCUGGGUUGGUCGCGACGAGACCCAGAUCUCUCCGCCCGCAAUAACUCGUCGAAUACGCCUAUCCUCUCACGGUUACAGUCUUGGAAUCCAUUUGGUCAAGGGGAGGGCUAUCUGCAACUGCCCACUCAUGAAGCUCCAGGAGCUCCCCUACCCGCCGCAAGUCGCCGAGAGGAGGAAGAUACUUUCUUUGCCUUAAGUCGAUGGGAUCGGAUGCUCAUUUUCAUCGCAUGCAACCUUGGUGCCGCCGUCUGCUUCCUCCUUUGCUUUUUCCUAUUCCCGGUCCUAUCACUGAAACCCCGCAAAUUUGCCAUCCUGUGGUCGGUUGGAUCCUUACUCUUUCUCCUAUCAUGGGCAGUCCUCAUGGGACCCCUGGUCUACGCGAAACAUCUGGUCUCGGGAUCACGUCUGCCCUUCACGGCGGCCUAUUUCGGCUCGAUCGCCAUGACUUUGUACUUUGCUAUCGGACUUCAUUCAACCCUGUUGACGCUCAUCUCGUCGGUGUUUCAGCUGGCUGCCCUGCUCUGGUACCUUGUCAGCUACUUCCCGAUGGGUAGUACUGGACUGCAGUUUAUGGGAAGAUUCGGAGCUCAGCGUGUCACUUCGUGGAUGACCAGCUGA